AUGGAUGCUCAGCAGUCUCAGCCGAAAAUCACGCAGGAUAUUGUCGAUGCGGCCAAGAAAGCAUUCAAUCCAUCGGCAACCGCUGAAAGCCGCGAGCAAGGAUUGCACGAGUACAAUGAGCUAGUCAAUAGAACGCAAACGUGGGUCUUGAUACACGCUCUUAAUGCCUUGAUUAAGCCAAAUGUGCUUCCGCUAUGGCUGAGGGAGCCGUUGAUGAGGAGCUUGACGACCCUGCCGCUGCGGUCCGACGGCGUCAGGGCCACGAUGGAGUUUGUGUUUGCAGUUCACCCAAGUAAUACCGGGAAGCCCACGAAUGACGGGGGUAGCCGCGGAAAAGAGGGUGCUGCCAUCACCCAUGAAGCGGUGGCUGUUGCAACGAAAUUGCUGUCAUCUGUUCCAGCCUCUAUGACUGCCCAGCAGUGGUUCGACGGCAUCUCGGGACAAUUAUUCGCUUUAUUCGAUGGCGAGGCUGGGCCUGAUGUUGCAAAAACUGCAGCGCAAAUUGUCGGAUUCGGUAUUCUGGGUAAAAAGCAAUUUGGAGCACCAGGAUCACCUGGUUGGAACGCUUUUGUAGGGCCCCUAGUGGAGGCCAUAAAUCCAUCACUGAAGUCCUCAAAACUGGACUCUGCUCUCAGGUCUGAAGAAGUUGAUGAAAUCGUGGACCUUGGUCGAAACAAGAUCCUUGUUAUGGCUUCAGAUUUGGAGAGAUCACUUAGACGGCUAGAGCUGCUGAUCAUGUCAAAUCCUUCACCUGGUCUCUGCAAACGGGUUCUAAAGCCCGUUCGUUUACAACUUUGGGCGCUCGCUUCAUGGAUCAACGCCUCUCAGGAUACUGACAAGCGCUUCUGCAAGCCUGCGCGGAUUCUUGUGCAGACCCACCUGAGACUGUUUGAGGAAGUUUCUUCGGCCUUUUUGUAUCUCUUACGGCGAUGGAUACAGUCGGCAGGCAAACAAAAUGGCGAUCUAAUUAUACAGGUAGCCAAUCGCGAUGAAGAAGCAGACUCGGCACUCCAGGAUCUUGUCGACGUAACGUUGUUACAAAAGUUCAUGGACAAGGCUCCAGAAAAACUAAUCAGUCAUUUCGAUCAGCUGCUGGAGCUCAUAUCUCAUGUGCUACGAGCCGACGGCCAGAACGCCUUGGGAGAUGAUAUCCUUGGAGUUGUGCUGAGCUUACUCAACCUGGUCAUCACAGCACCGACCUUUCAGAAGUCGGAUAUUAACCCAGUUGAGCUAAAAGUCGUGGAAGAUGCACUGGCGAGAAUUGGGGACCAAGAUCGAGGUGAUGCAUCAAUCACAGCGAAGAAUCUGGCCUUGUUGCUCAAAUACCGAGAUGAGGUGGAAAAGCCAGAUGACAAAACUAUUGCCCCUACCGCCCGGCAGAUUGAAGAUCGCAAGACUUACAACCUAGCGAUGAACUACAUUACGGGAGACAGCGAUAGCCCACCACCGGUAGUAUCUGAGGGCUUGAAUCUCUUGUCUAACCUGAUUGUGGCCGAAAGUCCAGUGUUGGAUAUUUCAGCCGUCACAGUCCUAAUGUCUAAUCUUCUAAAAGAAAACGAAGACUUUAUCAAUCUUCGAGUCAUCCGCAUAUUUACACAGUUGGCGAAUAAACACCCCAAAUCCACCAUGCAAGAGCUGCUUGACCAUUACUUGGACACGCAAGAGAAAUCGUCUACAGAUACUCGGCUAAGAUUUGGCGAGACAAUACUCCAGGUUAUUGAGAGACUAGGGGAAACAUUUACAGGAGAGGCAGCUCAGAAGGCGGGCGAGAGUAUGCUGUCGAUUGCGGGCAGAAGGGGAUACAGGCCGAAAACGAUGGCUAAACAGGCACGAGAGGAAAGGUUGAACGAGCUUAAGAGAAAAAAGGCAGAAGCUAGCGGAGAUGCCGAUGCCGAUAUUGAUAUGGCGGAUGAAGAGGCAACAUCUGAUGAGAUGGCCAAUAAUGAGAUAUUGGCCCAAAUUGUCCAAGGGUGGGAGAGCAAAAGGGGGAGCGAAGACAUUCGAAUGAGAACAUCGGCUCUAUCCAUCUUUGGAAAUGCCAUUGAGACGAACAUUCUUGGCAUGGGGCCGACUUUGGUCUCGGCAGGAGUCGACCUCAGCAUCAAUAUCCUCGCCAUGGAGCCGGAGCUAGAGAAGGGUAUACUUCGGCGGGCAGCCAUCCUCGUGAUUCUCAGUUUUGUGAGAGCGCUGGACAAGGCCAAGGAAUCCGGACAAAGAUUGGGAUUCGGCUUGACAGACCAGAGCCGAGAGGACAUACAGAGGACUCUGAACUACAUUGCCACAACAGAUAACGAUGGGUUGGUGCAACAGCACGCACGCGACGUUGUGGAAAGUCUUGACAACUGGGGCAUGGCAAGUCUGCUGCCGAGUCAAGCAGAGGCGAAGGCCGCGCCUGGCUUGACGAGAUUAGCGGGAUUGCAUGUGAAUCCUGAGGGCACCCUGGUGGACGCUGCUGGACGGCCGCGGCCAAGGAUAGAGGAGGUGGAGUGA